UAGAUAGGAGACUGAAAAUCAAGUUCACUGUCACCAGGGUUAGCAGCAUAUUGGUUAGAACACUUUUCUCGCAAGCAGGAGGAUCCAAUUUCGAUUCCCGGGCAGGGCAAAACGUUGACCAGGUUUCCUUACUCCACGCGCCUCUUUACCAAGUAGUGAGUCAGAACCUGGUUGUUAGGUCGAUUGGCGGAUGGCUUUCCGAGGGGGGUAAUACUCCCUCCCAAAAAAAUGUCACAAGGAUUAGUCCUGUAGCUCAGUGGUGAAAGUACUCGCCUCGCAAGCGAGAGACCUGGGUUCCAUUCGCGGCAGGGCAGGAAAAGAACUACCCCAAAUGGAAGGUGUAUUAUAUUUAUAGUUGAGGUGGAUUGUUAACCUGGGAACAGCCAGGAAAGAACAACAGAGAGAAAGACACACACAGAGUUGACGUUCAAAGGUGUGUUUGUACUGGGCCGUUGUCUCCCCCGCUGAGCUGAGAUGGUCGCUCGAUGCCACUGAGGGUCGGGGGCCGCUGCGAUGGAGCUGAAGGUGUGGGUGGACGGGGUCCAGCGUGUGGUGUGCGGAGUCACCGAGGAGACCACCUGUCAGGAAGUCGUGAUCGCGUUAGCGCAGGCCAUAGGUCAGACCGGCCGCUAUGUGCUGAUCCAGAGGCUGCGGGACACCGAGCGGCAGCUGUUGGCUGGGGAGAGCCCUCUCCAGCUGUUGACCAAGUGCGGGCAGUACGCCAACGAUGUGCAGUUCAUCCUGCGCCGCACGGGCGCCAGCCGCUCCGAGAGGCCCGCCUCAGACGAGGGCUCGGCCAGGGGUCCGGAUCGGACGUUCGGGAGACCCGACCUCCCCGUGGCCCUCACCCCCACCCUCCCGGGGGGGACCCAAGCCCCGAAGCGUAGGGAGCCCAAAAAAUCCUUGACGUUCACUGGAGGGACGGCAUUGGGUAUCACGCAGCUCACCGGCAGGGACAAGUGGCGGGAACGCAAGCAGAACGGGACGCAGGAGAGGACGAGGGGAGCGUCGAACAAGGAGGAACUAUUUAAGAUGAUUCUUCAGCAGAAGGAGAUGCUGCACUCGGUCGCUGCCCAGCACGAGUCCGUGGACCGGGAGAUAACGUCCCAGGAGCAAGCCACUGUCUCGGACUUCGAGAGCGAACUGGUGCGACUGGAACGACUGGUGAGGGGGAACGAGGGGGAAAUCCGGGAAGGGGAGUUUUGGGAGAACGAGCUGGAGAUGGAGAGGAGCCGGGAGCACAAGCUGCAGGAAAGCUUGGGGGAACUCAGGAAGAACCUCAAGGAGAGCGUGCAGAGGCUGCAGGAGGUGAGCAGCCGGAGUCAGGACCUGGACAGGGAGCUAACGCAGGAGAGAGACACGGUGAGACGGCUCAAGGCUGCUCACAGACUCAGUCUGACUGGGACAAAAGAGGCCUCAGCCAGAAUAAGGGCGGAGAUUGAGGCCAAGGAGCAGGAAACCUUACAAAUACAGGCUUCAAUCAUUGAGGUAGAAAGGGCCCUGGAGCAAGCAGUCAUGAGCUCACAGGGCAGAACGCAAGAGCUGGAAGAGUUAAACAAAGAGCUGAGACAGUGUAACUUACAACAGUUUAUCCAGCAGACUGGGACCUCAGCGGCAGUGUUCCAAUGGAAACCCGAGGACGAGGAGCAAUUAAGCAACUUCGCACACCAGCUGCCACCCAGUCACAGGAACGGAGAUAUUCACAUCUCUGACCCUGACUCACCUCCACGACCGACAACAAAACAGUUCCUGGGUAACCCACGCAACCUGCAGAAUCCGCUGGUGUCCAGCCUGACCCCGGGAGAAUUUCAUCAUUGGAGAGAGUAGAUAGCUGGCUAAAACGGCAAGAUACACUAUUUGAAGCUGUUAUCUGAAUUCAGUUUGAUACUGUUUUUUAAACAGGAAAGAAACCUCACCCAACAAUGACAUGUACAUUCCAAUUUACCUUUUUACAUUAGCAGGUUGACUCGUUACAUUUGCCUGGUUGUAUAAAGAUGUCUAACGUUAUAAAGUAUUUUAAUUAUAUGCAAAAAUAAACCAGAAUUGCAAAUUGA